UUGUCGAACAAGGGAAAAAAAACUCGCAGUCCCCCAAAACAUUGACAAUUCACGACAAUCAGCGCCAGAAUUUUUCAAUUGCGUGCCAGUCGGGUUUUUUUUUCAACAAGGGACCAUGCCUCAGAGUCAAGAUGUAGAGCCUGCCAAAUUUCCGACGCAACAGCUGUUCGUCCUAGCAAUAUGUCGUUUUUCGGAGCCCAUCGCCUUUACGUCAAUCAUGGCCUACACCUACGAAAUGGUCAAGGACCUUGGCAUUGACGAGGGCCAGGCGCCAUUCUACGCGGGUCUGAUCGUGUCCGCCUACGCCGUCGCCGAGACGCUGACGUCGAUGGGAUGGGGAGCUCUUUCGGACCGCGUCGGGCGCAAGCCCAUCGUGCUGUCUGGUCUCGUCGGCGUGGGCCUCUCCAGUCUAACCUUUGGGUUGGCCACCAACUACUGGGUGGCCUUUGCCGCGCGGCUCGUGGGGGGCGCGCUCAACGGCAACGUUUCCGUCAUGCAGACCAUGGUGGCCGAGAUGGUCAAGAACCCGGAGCACGAGCCGAGGGCUUAUGCCGUCAACCCCUUUGUGUGGACCCUGGGCUCCAUCAUCGGCACGGCAAUGGGGGGAUUCCUGGCCAAGCCUGCCCACUUCUACCCGUCCAUCUUUCCCGAAGAUGGCCUCUUUGGUCGGUACCCCUACCUGCUUCCAAACCUGGUAUCAGUGGCGGUGGUGGCCGUCGCGGUCAUACAGGGCAUCUUCUUCCUCGAGGAGACGCAUCACCCUGGAGCAUACGACAAGGUCCCCGAGUCAAGCGACGAGGCCGUUGACGACGAGGACGAGGUUGUCGAUGAAAACACCCCCUUGAGAGCAGCGGAGCGCACCAGGAAACCUCGCGCGUCAUUCUCGGAUAACCCCUACCUGGUCGAGUCCAGUCUUCCUCUGCCCGUUGACGAGCGUAUAGUGGAUCUCCGUCGGUCCUCUUUCGGGACCGUCCACUCGAUCAGGCCGGUUGUUGCACCAACAGAGGCCACGACCACUCCUGCCUCCGUGUCGUCAGACCCCGGGGAGAAGGAAAAGACGUUCAACCCCACGGUGAUCAUGUUGGUUAUCCUGGUAACGAUAUUUUCGUACCACCAGAUGGCAGCAGGGUCGCUGUUCCCGACGUACCUCCUGGACCUGCCGAAACAGCCGCGGGGAACGCUGGACCUGAUGGGCGGGCUGGGCUACGACGUCCACGACGUGGGGACGUUCCUGUCCAUCAACGGGAUCGUGGCGCUGUUUGUGCAGGCCGUCAUCUUCCCCAUCUACGUGGAGAGCGCGGGGAUCUGGUUCUCGCUGGUCAGCGUGGUGCUGCUGUACCCGUUCAGCUACGUGUUCAUCCCGUUCCUGUCGAUGCUGUCGACGCCGGCGGCGGACGCGGGCAUCUACGCGUGCCUCUUCCUGCAGGCGUUUUGCGGCAUCGUCAUCUUCCCCACGGCGCUCAUCCUGCUCAAGGACGCGACGCCGUCGCCCUCGGGGCUCGGCAAGGUCAACGGCCUGGCCAUGUCGGGCGCCUGCCUCGCGCGCACCGUCUCGUCGCCCAUCGCCGGCAUCAUAUACUCGGCCUCGGGCAGCGGAGCCGCCUGGUUCAGCUGCGUGGCUGUCGCCCUCGUGGGCAUCGUCCAGCUCGCCUGGCUGAGGGGCGGCAAGUUCAAGGUCAACAAGGUCGUGGUGGAUAAUCCGAUAUCGGGGCAUGCCGAGUCUGAAGAUAAUGCAAGGGCCGUGUGAUGGGGUUUUGGCGAUGCACCAACAGCCUUGCCGAGAUGGGUCCAAAUCGAGAUUGGAUGGCAUUUCUGCGACAAGUAAUCUUGGCAAGGAAAAUAAAGAAAACUUUGUAACAUGGUUGCUCUGCUUGAUUGGGUAUGCCGAUCGAACCCUCUGGAUAAUCUGACUGGCCAACCUUGGGCCUCCCGCGUGACAAGACUAAACUCUCCGGGUGCUGGAUUGCAACCAGCAGUCAUGGAUUUGUCGAUUUCGUCUGCCGGAAAACAGGCUUUGUGAUGAUCAACGGCCAUCUCCCACCCCCGCAAGAGCGGAGAACCUUGACGGCAGUUGACUGUUUGUGCAUGUUCUUAACAUCGCGAUUGCACCCAGCAUGAAAGCAUGGUAACCGUAGCCGUUGGGGUGGAUCAAAUACAACCCGGGUAGUACCUACCGAGCCGUACAGAUUGCCGCUGAGGGGACGGCGAGGCGGGCCGGUCAUUUUUCUACUACGGUAGUUCUGAUCCAGGACUCGAAGGUUUAGACGCGAGGCUUUGCGCGGCAAUUAUGUACGUGACUUGGGGGCUUGUUCAGAUAGAUUAAAAAGCGGAAUCGUCUCUGGGCUCCAUGCGCGCUUUUGGCAAACGAACGUCUACAAGAAAGAAGAAGAUACACAAAGUUGUGGCUGAAUCGUUGGCCGAGGCUUAGUCAAGACGUCAAGUCAGUUUCUCUUGCUCGGUAAGCGCAGACGGUAGUUUAAUCCUCAACACUACGGUCUGAUGAUUUCAGGCUGGGCUUUUGGAAAAUGAUAGACAUUGGUUCACGCGUGUUGCUGCAGUUGGGGAAAAAUGUGACGAUCAGAUUCAUUGAGGUGCACAUCCUCCGCGGGACUGAAUUGCAGGAUUCGGACGAAAUGAUGCCGCCGAGUAAACUGACCGAGUCGUGAGAUGAUCAAGGUUCAGACGAGGCCAGGAGUCACCACGGUGCAAUACGUACUAUGCAAAUGCCAAUGCUGGCCGAGGGGAAACCUAAACCUUUUUUUUUUUUGUCAGUCAAAACAAAAGUGGUAAACAAAUGAAAUCCAGGAUACUCGAGCACAUCAUGAUCAAGAACCGCCUCCACAGCUGCUGAAACAUGCGCCAUCGUAAAUGGGGCGACAUCAUGACUGGUCCAUUCAAAUCCCUUGUCCUCACUCGCUAGCCUAGAAUAUUUCCU